AGCUGUGGGUGUCCCUGCUCAGUGCAGGGGUUGGACCUGAUGGCCUUGGGGGUCCCUUCCAACUCCAGCCAUUCUGUGGCUCUCUGAUUCUAUGGAAGUUGCUGGUAGCUUCUUGCAGGAGAAUAGUGGUGCAUGGGGCACAAGAUGGUGCUGUGCUCUCAGCAUUCAGCAGCUGGUCCCUUCUAUAGUCAUAUAGGUUACUGUGUCUGACAAAUGAAAGAUUAAAGAGGUAAAGCUUUAAUAUCUCAUUAGAUAGAAAGCUUUUCAGAAUCUCCUUUGUGCUGUGCAAAAUUGCCUGAGAUGUCUGGCAAGCGAGUGAAGCUUCAGAAAGAUUAAAGAGAAUUUCUUUUCUGUGCGCGAAACAGAUGAGGUACAGAAGUAAGUGAUAGCUGAGAAAGGAAUAGACAUAAACUGACAAACUGCAAUGGAAAAUGUUACGGAGAGAAAAGCAGGUCUGGGAGAAACACACAGAAAUCAGAGGUGGCCAGAGGGAGGUGUCAGACCUCAGCAGGUGCUGGUGGCAGCAGUGCUGCAGGCUCCCAGUGCUGGCACCUUGCAGUCUGCAUGGCUGCUCUGCGAGCAGGGCCGGCUGCUGGCAAACCUGCAGGGUGCCCAGCCCAAAAUAAUCAUCAUCAGUCUCCUGCAAACAUCUCAGACAGGAAAGCUCCACAGACUCUUUGGAGAAAUUGCAAACUGCAUACAGGCAUGCAGUGUAGCUGUGCAGGUAGUGUGGCUCACGGUGCUUCUCCUGUGUCAGCAAGGACACACACGGGCAGCAGGAAGGUCCAUUUCUUACAGAAAAGAAUUUGAGCAAGGGCUGCAAGGCAGGGAAGUUCAGUCUUGUUCCCACCUCUGUCACUAAUAUGUUCUUGGAUCUUUCACAGAUUGUGCCUUGCUGUCUGUAGUCUCCCAUCUGUGAAACAGGCAUAAUAACACUGAGACAUCUUUAAAGAGAAAAUGUCAGGGUCUGAUUCCGUGUGCUUCAUGAGGAGAAAAAUAAAGGUCUGUACCUUACAUUCUGCAUAUGGAUAACUUCACCAAGAUCUGUCUUCUGUGUAAAGUUAAGCACACUGUUACUGCAAGACAUCAGGUAGUUGUGCUUACUGACAGGUGAGAGGAACAGCUUUAUCUCUGACCUAAGGACUUAACUGAGUUAGAGAGGGGGCAGAAGAGCAGUAAAUGACAGCAGACGUGUUUGCACGACGUGGCGUUCACAGGUUACAAGGCAUCAGUUCUGCAUGAGGACCACCAGUUAGCUGGUGAUGCAGAUUCAUGGAGUUAAUCCUGAGCACAAAAGGUAUUUUGCAUCUUGUUCAUCUCAGUAUUUUAAAUCAUCAUCACAGGUGUUUGAUAGGACUUGGCCCCUGUGAUUCAGAGAGGCAGCAGCAAGUGCUCCUUGGCUUCUGUCCCUUACUGUUCCUUCUUUGUGCCCACCUUGACAUUAUUUCUAAGUUCCCUUUCACCAACCGUACUUCCACAUUGGGCAGCAAUCAGCUUACGCUGUGUACCUUUAUCCUGAAUGAAAGAUGCUCUGAAUUGUUAUGAAAUGAUCUUAAAUCAGAAUCACCAUUUUCUCUUUGACCUAGCUGAAGAUCUGAGGCAGUUUGUGCUGCUGUUUGUCCCGAAGGAUGUUCCUAAUGCCAACACAGAAAGUAGCUGCCCUGGUCAUUGAAACAGGAAACAAAGCACCCUCAUUUCUGAGACCAGAUUCCUUGCUGCCACAGAUGAUGCUCCUUGGUUCAAAGAUAAAUGAGUCAUAUUUAACUAAUGUUAAUGUCCUUGCUCUACGGGCCGAGAAGGCAUCCAGCUGUAUGGACUACCACACCAUAGACUGCCGGGAUCAAGGACUCCCCAGUGUUCCCAAUCCAUUUCCACUGGACGUACGGAAACUUCUUAUAGCCGAUAACAACAUCCAGGCGAUACCAGCUGAUUUCUUUAUAUUUUAUGGAGACCUGGUCUAUUUGGACUUCAGGAAUAACUCCCUCACCUCUUUAGAAGAGGGCACUUUUAGCAGUUCUACCAAACUGGUGUAUUUAGAUUUAAGCUACAAUAAUUUAACGCAGCUUGAAGCCGGGAUAUUCAAAUCGGCAGAAAAACUGAUAAAACUCAGCUUGGGAAACAAUAACCUGGUGGAUGUGGACGAGGCUGCUUUUGAGAACCUGGAACAGCUGCAAGUGUUAGAAUUGAAUGACAAUAACUUACAGAGCCUGAACGUGGCAGCCCUCGAAGCGCUUCCCUCCCUGCGGACCAUACGCCUGGAGGGCAACCCGUGGGUCUGUGACUGUGACUUUGCCAAUCUUUUCAGCUGGAUCCAGGACAAUGCCUCUAAGCUCCAGAAAGGUCUCCAUGAAAUCCAGUGUUCCCUGCCUGUAGAAAAUAGAAGAAUCUUUCUGAAUGAAUUAUCUGAGGUUCAUCCUACUGCGAUGCCUCAGAAUGAAGAUCUAGAUUUGUUCUUAGUUUGUAGCAUUUUGUUCAACCCAACAUAGAGCUCCGAAAGCCCUGAUUUUAUUUGGAGCUUAGCACCCCUCAGAACAGCAAGGAACAGACCAAGCUGACACCCACAUAACCCAGUGCAAGCAGAAGAGCAAGGCUUAGUAAAGCUUUAUUUAUGAAGCUGCCAUUCGGGACACUCCAUCACAUCAAAGUGAUUUUACAAAACAGCCUCAGUGGAACAGCUGAAGCCUGAUGGAGAUGCUGAGCCUGAGACAGUGCUUCAUCCCUAGUGGAGGUCCCUCUGUGCUGGCUUUCAAACCCAUGGGAGCAACUCUGUGCAGGACAUUUUACUGAUCCAGCAUGUGCAGCCUACACACUACAAUGUUUGAGCAAUGCAUCUGCUAUGAAGAUGAAGAAUCAUAGAACCACGGAAUAGUUGGAGUUGGGAGGGACCCUCAAGGCCAUCAGAUCCAACCCCUGCACUGAGCAGGGACACCCACAGCUCCAUCAGAGCCCCCUUCCCUGACCUCGGGUGCCUGCAUCACCUCUCUGGGCAGCCUAUGCAGUGCCUCACUGCCCUCACUGCAAAAAACUUCUUCCUUCUAUCCAGUCUAAAUCUGUCCUCUUUUAGCUUAAGUUCAGCAGGCUUGGAGGCUCGAGUCAUCAAAAAGCUAGUUAUCUUUGCUGUCUAUUUAGCAUUGCUGAAGUGAAAACAGCUAAUAACUUCAACAGUUCAAAGCCAACAUUUUUCUGCCAGGUGUUAUUAAUCAUAACUGACACGUCUUGUGGAGUUGUGCGUUCUUGUAGUGAAGAGGCUCUCUAUCAAAAUGCAUUUCGUCCAUUUAGCUACCUAGCGUGCUAUGCUUGGUUCCUCUGGGUGUCACAGUUUUUUACUUGUAAAUGGCUCAGUGGUUGGAGGGAUGAGAGCUGUGCCUGGGGAGCCCUGCCCAGUCAGCUUACAGGUUUGGAAUGAGUGCUUUAUACACAUUUAAUGGACAGCAUUUGUGCAUCUCAGUAAUCCCCUGUACCUCGAGCAGCUCGUUGCUUCUCACAGAUCAGCUUUGGUUUUAGAAGCACCGUAGAUAAUAAUCAUAAAUGUUUGAUUUACUAUGAAUAUUUAAUACUUAUGAAGGGUUGAUGAACAUAUUUUUAAACAGACUGGCAGGAUUGUGUGAAAUGAAGAAUAUCUAUUUAUACUUGUCUGACCUGCAUUCCAAACAGUGUAUGGGCUUUGUGUUUUUAUUAAGAUAGAAACCUGGUUUGUAUUUUCAUUCAGAUUUUAAAUACACUUUUUGUGGCCCUACUGACAAUAAAAGGAAUCUGAAUGGACUUCCUUACAGAUACUAGAAUUAUUCUAUCAUCUUCCAAUUUCCAUCCCAUUGGAAGGAAUCCCUUCUUUAUCAAUUCUCUUCAAGAUGUUUUUUCAAGGGAAUAUGUUUUUCCUAGCACAGUGCUAAGAGCUGGCUGUGGUUCACUGAUUUCUUUUCAUCUAUUUGCUUUCUAUUUGCUAAGGCUGGGAAGCCAAAGAGACCCCACCCUACAUACUGCUGUAUGUAAUUACCAGGGCUCUUUGCUUCUCUAAAAGAUCUCAACAACAGUGCUGCUUUCAGAUGCAGACAGCUGAGCUCUGCAUCCAGCUGGCAAACACCUCCCAAAGGUCGGUGGAGAAUCACUUUGCCAAUAGGUGCCACUGUUGCUCCAUGUAUUUGUGCCUGAAUCAGCAGCGUCCUUCAGUUCAGAAUCAGUUCAACCUUGAAAAAAACAAAACUAAAUCCUGGUGACUAAAAGUGCACCUCUGUGCAGAGGUAGAACUCAUGGCCAGAGGUUUGUCCAGGCCGUGAGUAACGAAUAUGCUUUAUCUUGUGCCUAAAAGUGAUUAUAAUAUUAUAAACAUGCAUGGAAUUAAUUACAGAUACGUUUCAUCAAAGCCUUUAAGUUGUUGCGGAUCUAUUGUUGAACCUCGGACCAGCAGCAGCUGAAUCUUGAUCUCCUGCAGAUCAAACAUGAUUUAAAUGCAAAACUUCCACAUUAGUGCAAUAAGAACUGGGACUUCUGUCAGCACUAAGUACCAGGGUGCCCCAUACAGCGAUGCAAAGGCCACAACUGCUGUAUCUCCUGGGUUCAGUGCUGGGUAAUGUAAGGGCAGUUAAUGUAGUUUACUUUGCAGCUUAUCUACCAUUAAGUGCCAUUCAGUAUGCAAAGCCAAGGGCAGCUGAGGACUGCUUGCUGACUGCGUCGGUGCAAACCUUGCUUCACCUUGUCCUUAGGUAUAAAGCCAUUCCAUAUGCUUAAUUUGCUCUUUGACGUUCCAGACAUAUAAUGGAAUAAUGCAAGCUUCUUUUCUCCUCUUUCUUUAAAGAAAUGUGUAGCAAGAUGCAUGAAAAUGAAAUAACUGAAGAAAAUACAGCUAAGGGAUUCAUAUGCUAUUAGGUUCUGCCUCACUAUGUAUUUUUUAAUGCAGCUACCCACUGACUAGAUGCUGACACAUACGUAGAGUAUUAAUAUCUCCUGUUAAAGGAAUCUUCCCAGCCAUCUGCAGCUU